AUGGCCGCUGCGACUGCCACAGCUGCCGCUGCCAUCGGCUCUCCUUUCUCCAAGUGUAACAUAAAAUCAAAGCCAUGGUCUUCUGAUCCUAUAUUUCUUAGAUUAACAUCUACAGUGCUAAGGGUAUCGGCUUCGGUGGCGCAAGAAGAAGCGGCAGUAUCGGCGACAGAGGAGGAAACCCUCGAGCAAGAGGAGGAACCGGUGGUCAAGGAAGAAGUGCAAGAAGUCUCCGGUGACGGAGGAGAUCAACCCGAGGCAAUCAGUUCUGUACAUACCAAGCUUUACUUCGGGAAUUUGCCGUAUCUCUGCGAUAGUGCUCAGCUCGCCGGAAUAAUUCAAGAUUAUGCUAGUCCAGAGCUUGUUGAGGUACUCUACGAUAGGGACACUGGUAAAAGCAGAGGCUUUGCGUUUGUGACAAUGAGUAGCAUCGAAGAUUGUAAAGCUGUCAUUGAAAACCUCGAUGGAAGAGAAUAUGGUGGAAGAACAUUAAGGGUGAAUUUUUCUGAUAAACCAAAGCCGAAAGAACCAUUGUACCCAGAAACAGAGUACAAAUUAUUCGUUGGAAAUCUUUCAUGGUCUGUUACCUCCGAGAGUCUAACAGAAAAAUUUAGCGAACAUGGCAAUGUGGUUGGAGCAAGGGUUCUAUAUGAUGGUGAAACUGGAAGGUCUCGUGGUUAUGGCUUUGUGAGUUACUCCACGAAAUCAGAAAUGGAGUCAGCCCUUCAGGCUCUUAAUGGAGUGGAGCUAGAAGGGCGAUCAGUGAGAGUUAGCUUGGCACAGGGAAAAAAGCAGUAAGAGUAGCCAAAAUUCAAGAUUUCAAGAUUUCAAGUUCAAGCACAUAAGGCAUACUUGUAGCAAAAUGUAUGGAGUCCCUUUGUAGAAAGAAAGAAAUUAAUCAGAAACCAUAUUGGCAUUUAGCAAUGGGAUAACAGUUUGCUUAGGUUACAAUCAUUAUAUUUCUUGUGUCAAGUUUUCUACUUUUGUUGUUGGUUUUCUUAUGAUGCUCUCACAUGUUGCUUGAUGUGGGCCAGGGGU